CUUUGCUUUCAGGAUCUAUGAACAUUACAGAGGUUAACAAGUUACGUCAACCUACUGUCAGUGAUGUCAACCCAACGAAAGCAAUGAUGUCUGUAGAAUACAGUAUAUCUGGUAACAAAAAAUGUAGAUUGUGUCUGCGAAAGACCGCAGCAUAUAUAAAUCUUUUCGAAGGAAAUUUUCAGCAAAUGAUAGUGGAGUUGACUUCUCUUGAGAUAUCUGAAAACGACGGUUAUCCUACCACGGCUUGUAUCAGUUGCAUUGAUGAAAUUCAACAAGCAACCAAAACUAGAAGAAGGAUUAUUGAAUGUCAUAAAAAGUUAGUUCAAUUGCAUAUGAAUCAACAAAAUAUUAAUAAACCUGAGAUAAUUGUAUUAACUGAUUAUUCCGAUUCAGAAGAUAAUGGGGUUGAAAUAAAUCAAGAUGAAGGUUUAGAAGAAAUCCUCACUUAUAGUGAAGUUGAUGGAUUGGACGAUUUGGUAAUAAAAACAGAACUAACUGAAGAGAGUAAUGAUAUGACUUAUGAUGUUUUCGAUGAUUUGAAUACUGAGAAUGAUGUGAAUAUUUUGGAAGAUGUUAAAGUAAAAGAUAGAUCUGGUAAACAAUACGAUAUGACACUAUUCAAUGCAAGGAAGGAAAUGUUUCCAAAUGAAAAAAGAUCACGAAAACAGGACAUUAGAAAAAUUAUAACUGAUAAACACUACAUUUGUGAUGAAUGUGGACAAGAUUUUUCGAAUGAUAAGUAUGCCUUCAAUCUCCAUAAAUUGAAACAUAAAAAGAGUACUUGUAAAAUAUGUGGAAUUGUCAUCAGGUCUGAUAACAUGAGUAAGCACUUAGAUUGUCAUACUAGUGGUCCUAGAGUUUGUGAUUUGUGUGGAGUGACCUGUAAAAAUUUGGAAAGUUUAAGAGGUCAUAUAUUCUACAUGCAUAGAAAGUCUGCAGAUGAAUAUAAAUGUGAUCAGUGUCCGAGAAGUUAUCGUAUGAAAUAUAAGCUUGAAGAACACAAAAACAAAGAACAUAUAGGGGCUAGAAAACAUAUCUGUCAUAUUUGUGACAAAAAAUUUUUCACAGCUAAAGAUAUGAGAAGCCAUAUCAAUAUGACCCAUAAGAAAUUACGUCCUCAUAAAUGUGACCACUGUCAAAAAGGCUUUUCCAGCAAAUAUGCAUUGAAGACACACAUACGGCAACACACCAAUGAAGCUCCCUAUAAAUGUUCCAUAUGUGCAGAAGGUUUUAGGCAAAACGUUUCCCUUCGUACUCAUAUGAAGUCGAAACACAACAUUGAAGAAGAUAAGAAGUUUCCAUGUGAAUUUUGCAGCAAGUCGUUCAUCUCUUAUUUUGCCCUUAAAGUACACCUGCGACUACACAAUGAUAACAAUUAUAAAUGUGAUGAUUGCCAAGAGUAUUUCCAUCAGAAAAUUUAUCUAUUAAAUCACUUGAAGAAUGUGCAUAACAUGAAUGAAAAUAUAAUAGACAUAAAUAAGUUUCGAACUAAUGAUUAUGAAAAAGAUGAAAGUAAACAUGAAGACGAGAUUACCAUGAAUGAAAGUAUGACUAAAAUGGACAGUAGUGAGCAAUGUACUUGAUUCCAAAAAUUCCGCCAGGGAUUUUCUUCAGAACCUGAAUGCUUGAAUCACAUAUUCUAAAGUACAUGCUCAUACGACAUGAAUGUGGAUGUAACAUAAUUUUAGUCCAAAUUUUAUCAAAAAUAUAUUAGCAAAAAGGAUGUGAUUUGAGCUUUAAUGUAAAUAUAUCAAUUCACAAUUAUAUUUGUGAUAAAACAUUUUAUGGAUUGUAAAUAUUAUAUUUUAGAAAUAGAUAGAAUAAAUCAGC